GCGAUUGUUAAUCGCGGCUCCGGUCGGUCGAGCUCAUCGUCAGCAUCGCGGGAAUUGUGCGUAUUCAGCGGCCAUACCGUACGCAGGCAUGUACUGGUGUCCAACCGUCAAGCGGCGCGCUCUCAAAAGGUGAUUACGAAUAGCAGUGCGUGGCUCCAGAGUCGGUAUCAGAUGUUUGCCCUUUUUCCACCCGAUCUGAUCGGCCAUAGUUGGUAGUGUGCGAAAGGAAGCUAAAAACGACAAAAAACACAGGACAAACAAAACUUAUUGCGUGUUGUGUAUACAGGGAACGUUGGCAGUAAAAAGGGCGUCUCCAUGACGACGUCGAACGGGUGCGCUGGGAAUGUGUGUUAGUUACUUGCUGCUGCUUGUGUGCGUGUGUGAAAGAGGGUUUGUGUGAACUGCCCAGCAUAAAAAAACUCCCUAUGUUAAACAUCAGCGAAAUUCCAACAGGCAGAUCGUGAAAAAAUUCGCGGUGUCAAAUUAACACAACACAAUAAAAAAGCCCGUGUGUUAAUAUGCAUUUGGCAGUUCGGUAGUUUCGGCAUUGAACCGCGCGUGCGAUCCGAGAACCGACGUGGCGGUGUAUAAAAUCCGACCACGAUUCUAUAAACAAAUCAAUCUAAUCGUUCCAACGGCGAGAAAGUGAAUCCUCGAGCGGCCGCCGGUUUGUGCUGUUCCCUUUGUUCAAACAAAGGGCGGCUUGCUUGGCACUGCAUGGGAAGAACCAUUUCCUUCCUGCCUUGAGCUGCAGUCAGUGUUGUGCGUGAUUCAUAUUUCUGCCUACUGUGCCGUGUACAUAUGAUCAGCUGCUACCAGAUCAUACGCAUCAUCUAGUUCGCUCGUUUUGAUUUGCAGUGAUCCUCCCGAACAGUGUUUGCUGUGUGAAGAUUGGCGCUGCUUUCCUUUAAUCCCCACCAAAUUUCCCACCAAAUCCUUGGCGAGACAAAGGAGGCUUGUGUGUGUGCGUGUGUGAUCCCCCUUUUGACAGGCUUGCGGAAAGUUUGGGCAGCAAUAACAAUCACCAAAGCAAAACGCAACAAAACCAUGGCAAUGUUCGAUCUCGAUCGGCUCAUUACCGAUCUCUUCAAGACGACCGUCCUGCCCGGGAUAGCGAUCGGGCUGUGGUUGACCGAUUUAAUCGGUAAGCUGACGUGUACGGUAGCGCUGGUACUGUUUGCCAUCGUGUUCGUCAUACUACCGAUCAUCUUUAGGUUCUCGGUCACCGUUCAAAAGCACAUCCUGUUCCUCACGUUCAUAACCUAUCCGCCGAACCUGGACCUAAAGCGGCCGGAAAAGAGUGGCCUGUACGCGACGAGAAACUUCUACAUCAAUCACCGCGAUCAGGAGGAGGAGAUCGAUGUGAACAUUGCCGUGUGGCACGUGCUACCGAACGAUUUGGUGCGCCGUUACGCGAAGGAACUGCACGUUGAUGAGCGAAAGUUAUCGAACAUAACGCUCCCAACGAUAGAUGGCAGCACUAGCAAUGGAGGAAGCAUAUCGCACGACGCGACGGACUCCGUUGGCGAUGCAUCGGAUCGCUAUAGCCGGUUGGAAAAAGUGCUCGGAGCAGACCAUUUUAAGCUAACGGAUGAAGCACACCAACGGGAACUAUUCGAAGAGGCUCUACGGGCAACGACGAAUGAUGUUGUACUGUACCUGCACGGCAAUACGGCGUCCCGCGGUGCGCCGCAUCGGGUCGAGCUGUACCAGACGCUGCGUGCCCUUAACUAUCAUGUGAUAGCGAUGGAUUACCGCGGGUACGGUGAUUCGGCCGAUGUAUCACCAACGGAACGUGGCGUCGUGUACGAUGCGCUCGCCGUCUAUCAAUACAUUACUAGCAUUACCAAGAACCCGGUCUAUCUGUGGGGCCAUUCGCUUGGUACGGGCGUUUCCACCCAUCUGCUGUCGCUGUUAACCGAGAUGAGCCUUCCCGGUCCACGAGCACUUGUGCUGGAAAGUCCUUUCAAUAACAUUAAGGAGGAGAUAUGUGCCCAUCCAUUUUCGAAGCUGUACCGUCAUCUACCUUGGUUUGACUUCUUGAUCUCAAGACCUAUGUACAAUAAUAAGCUGCGCUUCGAGUCCGACCAGCAUAUAGCCGAGUUCCGUCAGCCGGUGCUGAUACUGCACGCGGAAGAUGAUCUUGUCGUCCCAUUCGAGUUAGGUUAUAAGCUUUACCGCAGAGCGCUAGAUACGCGGGGCAAAUCGUGGGGUCCGAUCGAGUUCCAUCGGUUCGAGAAGAGCAGCCACUACGGACAUAAAUAUAUCUGCCGGGCACCGAACCUGCCAGAGAUUGUCGUUCGCUUUUUCCAUGCCUACCGUAAUGAGCAGUACUAACCGGCAAGGGGAAGAAACAAGAAUGUGCGGUUUGUCCGAGUCUCGACGAUACGUGAGACACUCGCUUAAGACACUGGGCCAUAUAAAGCAUGCGAAUGAAGCCUUUUACCAUGUAGAAGAUGAAGAAUAGGUGCAAAAGAAGUUUGUAUGCAUAGAAGAACAGGGAUGUUAUUUGUGUGCGUGUGUUACAUGCAAUCAGAAAGUGCUUGCGGAACGGCGAUCCAUUUUGCAUCCGUUUCCGUUCCACCUGCAGUAGUAUACAGUUGACCAAAUGUUAAACACAAACCUUCGAAUUUAGCGGUCAGGGUUAGUUGCAGUGAGGUGUGGGAAUGUUUCGUUUUCCACGGGGAAAGCAACUGGAAGAUACGAGAGCGUUGUUUACACCCUUUCCAUCGUAAUGAUGUGUACCUUUUUAGAUGCACUAUUUCGGGGAUUAAUAUCUAUAAAUAAAUGAACAACCGAGGAAAUUACA